CCAUGGGCUCUACCCCAUGAACCUGAGCCCAAGUCAGACACUUAACUCACUGAGCCACCCAGGUCCCCCUAGUUUCUUAACUGCUCUGCCUUCCUGUAACAACUGCUAGGCAGGCUCUGGACUGGGUGCUUUGACGUGUUAUUGAUUGCAAUCUUGUUAACAUCCCUGGGGCGGGGGGGUCACUCUUAUCCCUCCCAUUUCGUAGAUCAGAACCUGUUUGGGAGGUAAGCAAGCUCCUCCAGGUUACCCCGACAGUGAGUCGUAACACACCCAGGUCUAACUCCAAAGCCCAUAAUCUUCAACAUUAUGCUAUGCAGAAAGGGAAAGAUGUAAACAAACAAACAAACAAAAAAACCCCAACAGCACUAGUGAAAAAGACUACUUGCAAGUUCAGCGCGAGGCAGCGGUGGGAUAUCGCUGCCAACAAGGUGAAUGCCACCCGAGGCUGUGUUCUAGAAAUACAUUAUUUGUAGUAAGGGUGGAGACAGUCCCACUAUAAUCUGUGAUGGCAGAGCUUACCUGGGCCAUUGUGUGUCAUUCCAGGCUCCACACUCUAAACGAGCAUUACUGACAUGCCUGAAACUCAUUCAUCCACAGGGGAGGGCCGAGCAUGAAGUGUCUGAGUAAUGUGUCUGUGGGAAGAACUGUUAAAAAGUCGAGGUUGGCUGUGCAAGAGAGAAGACUCAGGAGGGAUGGAAUAGCUAAGGUUUGAAGCGUCUGCAUGUGAUGGAAAGUUAGAUACAGUCAGUGGUUCCAGAGGGAAGAGCUAAGGCUUCCCUUAGGAGGGAGAAGAUACUGCCUGGUAUUUGCAGGUUUCUAGAAAUGAAAAGGGCUUCCUUGUAAGAGAACGAAUUCUUUGUCAUUGAUGAAGAGCCUGAAUGACCUCAAUGUCAGGUGCGGUGGUCCUUAAAUUUUAGCGGGUAUAAGAAUCACCUGAAAGAGUUUGUGAAUUGCAGAUUCUCAGACCUCACCUAUAGAAGUAUCAAUUCAGUAGACCUGGGGAAAGGGCCACAAAUCUGCAUUUUUAACAAGCAACCCAGUGGCUCCAAAUGAGGUGGUCAGUGAAGUACACUUUGAGAACCAGGGAGACUGGAUAAACUCCAAGAUCUCUUCCACUUAUUUGACAAAUAAACAUUUUAGUAAAAAAAUGAGCAUAGUCAACAUAAUGAUUGUUCAGAGAAAGUUGCCUUCCGUUUCAGAAAAGAUCCAAGGCAAAAUUCUUUAAUAUGUUGACAGUUACAAUUAGAGACAAAAGUAUUGGGAUGUAGGAUGUUAGGAUAUGGAAGGGGAAGGCUUGAUUCUCAAUCUGUGUCAUAAGAGAUAAGAUUUUAAUAGCAAAACAGAAGAGACAAAUCCAGGUGGAAAUCUUUGACCAUUUUAAAGAACUCAUUCUACAUCUACCAGGGAGCAAUCUGAGGGGGACCUGGAAGAAGCUAUCUAAUUAACCUAAAGGAAAGCACCUGUGUAAGGUUAAAUACCUGUCAGGCUUUUGACCCAGGCUUAUAUAAGCUUCAGCCUAAAACUAACAAAACAGGUGUGGGGGAGAGUGUUUUCUAACUCUGGCCCACUUUUAUUUUUGUUGUUGUUGUUGUUGGGGCUAAAGUACUUUUUCUGGCAAAUAUAGUGUAUGUUUGAUUAACCUUAACUUUUACUUAAAGCAUGCAACCUGAGAGUCACAUUUUAGAACUACUAUGCCCUGAAAUGUUCUGCUUUCUAUAAAUACCUUUUUAAAAAGUGGUGCUCGGGUGUAAUUUACUGUCCCGUAUCCAGACUUUUUUUUUUUAACUUAAGUUGCAUACUGGUGUUUUAUUUGUUUAAGUAUAUUAAAGUUUUAAAAAGUGGGGUUUUUUUCUUUGAAAACAUUAAAAACUGGCUAAUUGAGGAAUUGGUGUUCACGGCUGUUUUGGUAGUGGACCCUACUGACACACUUAUUUAGUUGACGAAGGACCAGCAAAUGAUUUCUAUGUUUCAGUCCUCCUCCUUUCUCUUGAAGCAUGAGAGAUGAAAUUGCAACAGCCGUUUUCUUUGUCACAAGAUUGGUGAAAAAACAUGAUAAACUGAGUAAACAGAAAAUAGAAGACUUUGCAGAAAAGCUGACGACCAUCUUGUUUGAAACGUACAGAAGUCACUGGCACGCCGACUGCCCUUCUAAAGGGCAAGCGUUCAGGUGUAUCAGGAUAAAUAAUAGUCAGGAUAAAGAUCCCAUUCUAGAAAGGGCUUGUGCUGAAAGUAACGUGGAUUUUUCUCACCUGGGACUUCCAAAGGAGAUGACCAUAUGGGUAGAUCCCUUUGAAGUGUGCUGUAGGUACGGUGAGAAAAAUCAUCCAUUUACAAUCGCUUCUUUUAAAGGCAGAUGGGACGAAUGGGAGCUUUCCCAACAGGUCAGCUGUGCUGUUAAUCGAGCUACAUUAGACUACGCCUCUGGCAUUUCCUCUGAUGAAGAAAGUUGUAACAAAGAACCGCAGAUCAUUCCUAAAGUCAGCAAUCCAAAGAGUAUUUAUCAGGUUGAAAACUUUAAACAGUCCUUUCAAUCUUGGUUCCAUGUCUCCCGCAAAAAGAAUAUGGCAGAUGGCCGUAUGGGCCUCCUAGGAAAUGCUUAUGCAUUGCAUAAAAAUCAUAAGCGUCAGAGGCCUGCUGCUAUCUACCGGGUAGACAGGUACCACUGGGUCAACACUAACAGAUAAUGCAGUGGUCGGGCACUCGUGGGAUAGAGCUCAGAGGAGCGGCUUCAUUUUCUCUAUAACAAAAGGGAGUAUAAAAUUGAGAGGCCCAUGAAACAAAAAAUAACCAUCUCAGGGACUAGAGUGGCGUAAUGGCAAAUCCUCUAGUGCAGAUCAUAACAGUGUUCUUAGCUAUACUUUUAACUCUUAAUUUUAUGUGAAGUUUUAUGUAACACUAAUGAAUGUACUCAGUAAGGUAAUGGAAUGAAGAUAGUGACCUGUGAUGAGAUUCAAUGAAUUAUGAAAAGUAACGGUUUAAAUAAACGUACUAUGUUUUUAAUA